UGCCCAAGCAACUCUUAUUUUCAUACACGUCUUUUCCUUCUUUACUUACCCGACUUUCCUUCAUAUUAACGACUAAAUCCUUUCUUGGUUCCUUCGUAAACUCCUUUCUCUUUUCUCUUCUCCCCAUUCUGGAUCCAACCCUUUUCUUGUCAACUCAUUUUCUUCCAACCCAAUAAGUUUCGGAUUACCCAGGUUUCCUGUUUACUAGUGGCUUUGUGAACUUUCAGCUUGGGUCUUGUAGUGGUCCUGAUUCGGAACACAUAUCUGCCUUACGUACCCGAAAGCUAAUUUUAGAGCAUUAUGUCGACUUUGCAUUUAAAAAUUAUCCAUGUGUGUUGCGGCACAUAGUAACACUUGCUGUUGAUCACAUUGAGCUUGAGAACAUCUUUAAUCGAAGCAGAAUUGAAUUGAUUUUACUGUCUUUGGAAUGGGAUGGAUGUGGGCGGUUUACAUUUUCAUCCUUCUUUUAAAGGCGAGGGAGUCUGUUGGUAGCUCUGGUAAAGAAUGGUUUCUUGAAAUGGCUAGCAGUUCAUCAUCUUUACACAACUGGAGUAUCACUACUGCAAGCAUAUUUGUGAUUACUGCUCUAAUAUUGUCAAUGUAUCUUAUCUUCGAGCACUUAGCUGCGUACAAUCAGCCAGAGGAGCAGAAAUUUUUAAUAGGGCUCAUACUAAUGGUUCCUGUUUAUGCUUUAGAAUCGUUUUUGUCGCUGUUGGAUUCAAAAGCUGCUUUUAACUGUGAAGUGAUACGCGACUGCUAUGAAGCAUUUGCAUUGUACUGCUUUGAGAGAUAUCUGAUUGCUUGUUUAGGCGGAGAGGAGAAGACUAUUGAAUAUAUGGAAAGUCAAAGUGUGAUAAAUUCUGAGGCACCCCUUUUGGAAGAAGCUUAUAGUUAUGGUGUUGUAGAGCAUCCAUUCCCUCUAAAUUACUUCAUGAGGGAGUGGUAUCUUGGGAAAGAUUUCUAUCAAGCUGUGAAAAUCGGCAUAGUUCAAUAUAUGAUACUGAAGUUGAUAUGUGCACUUAUAGCAAUCCUUUUGGAAGCUUGUGGCGUGUAUGGGGAAGGGAAGUUCCAGUGGAAUUAUGGAUAUCCCUAUUUGGCAGCUGUUCUUAACUUCAGUCAGACGUGGGCUUUAUAUUGCCUUGUUCAAUUCUAUUCAGUCACCAAAGAAAAGCUCGAGCCAAUCAAACCGUUGGCCAAAUUUCUUACUUUCAAGUCAAUAGUAUUUUUGACUUGGUGGCAAGGAAUCGCUGUUGCCUUUCUUUUCUCUAUAGGAGCCUUCAGGGGUUCCUUGGCUCAGGAAUUGAAGACGCGUAUUCAGGACUAUAUAAUAUGUAUUGAGAUGGGGGUUGCUGCUGUCGUUCAUCUUUAUGUCUUUCCUGCUGUACCUUACAAACUUGGAGAAAGGUGUGUUAGAAAUGUUGCAGUGAUGGAUGACUACGCUGCUCUAGGUUCCGAACCAGACCCAGAAGAGGUUAGAGACGGUACCAGAAUUACAAAGAUGCGCUUGUCUCGGCAUGAUGAGAAAGAAAAGAGGUUAAAUUUUCCACAAUCCGUUCGUGAUGUAGUAGUCGGUAGUGGAGAAAUUAUGGUGGAUGACAUGAAGUUCACCGUUUCCCACGUGGUUGAACCCGUUGAACGAGGAUUUGCGAAAAUUAACAAAACCUUCCAAGAGAUAUCGGAAAACGUAAGAAAAAUAGAGCUGAAGAAGAGCUCUAAAGAUGAUAGUCUGAUACCAUUAAAUUCAUGGUCGAAAGAUUUCUUAGAUUUCCACGAUGAUCUACCUGAAGGAAGUGUUAGUGACAGCGGUUUGGCUUGGAGAUCGAGACAACAUGGAAAAUAUAAACCCUCGUCUUCCCAAUAUCAAUAACCCACCAACUACUCCGAAAAUGCUGAUAUUUACGUUACUCUAUUUAGCAAUGAGGAUCGAAAACCCGCAUAUUCCACAGGUGUGUUUUACCAUCGUUUUUUUUUUUUUUUUCGUUGUUCCUAACCGAGACCCUUUGUGAUGUUCACAGGUUGGAAGCGAGAGCUAAUUUGAUACAGUAGAAUUGCAAAAUGAUUUACUUUGAACAACAAGCGGUUAGAUGUUUUAGCUUAUUUAACUUGUACAUAUACAAAAAUCCCGUCAAUUUGGAUGCAUAUGUCUCCUUGUUAAUGAGAAACAAAUUUUGAUAGUGGAUCGUUACAUGGGGAAACUCGAACCUGAAAACGCGUUUGCAACUUUGCGUAACUUAUAUGUAUGUAGUUGUAGCUGAGCUGAGUUCUCUUCGAAAUUUUCGGGUUUUUAAUGCCUGUAUUGUUAAUAUGGGCAAAAUUUUGCUGCAAAUGCAUAUUUACUGGGCAGGGUACUAAUCAGACGGGACCUUGUAAAGGCAGUGUGCUUGUACGAUUGCUCAUAGUUUCAACUUUCAAGUGACUAUGGGCCAGAGGUUAGACUUGUGUAUGAUCCCACAAGUAACUACUCGUGAAAGCCGCAGAUAGCGACUUCCAUGUAAGAGACUUAAUUCGACAGUUAUCUAAUCUUGUAUAAUUGUACUCGAUUUUAAUUUAACUUAAAAGAUGAAUUUACAAUGAUGUAACAAGGAAAAACUAUAACAAUCAACAAAUACAUGAUUUGUAAUACCUUUGGCAUUAAUCAGUACCAGUAUUAAUGUCUAAGAGACUUGUGAAUAAUUAAUCAUAUUAUAUAUUUA